CGGUAGUUAUUACCAAAAUAAAAUAUGUUUAACCUCCUUAUUCGCUCUCUAAGUCAGUUAAAGUGUUAACACCGUCGAUGGCAGCUGCGAUAACAGGGGGGAAGUUAAGUACGCGGCGUGUUUUCUGUUAGUGAAAUACCAAAACCUUGCUUGAGGCAACAUGUUCAAAGGAGAGAAAAUAUUUUUGAAGGCGAAACAGAACUAUUUCCGGUAUUAGCAUAGACGACUUGACCUACAUUGCACGCUCUUGAAUGGAAGUAUCAACACGAGGGAGUUCGUGUAAGAAGUGGACUUAAAGUUGGUUCGGCGGUAUUAAAAUGGUUGGGAAGAUAAAAUAUGUUCGGCAGAAGCUUCACCACGAGGCCGUAAAGGUCGAUGGGCCGAUCGGCUUCGCGCAGCACGGCUCACUGGUGUCUUCUACCGUACAGAAGGAUCCUGGUGAACUACUCACAGCAAAUUUAAGACUGGGGAGCAAGCCUCACAGACAGGCUCCUGCAUUGGCAUCCUUCCCCUCCAGUGUUUUUGCUGGCACUAAGAUCUCUCCUGAGGCUCUGGUACAGACACUCAAGUUUGAUGAAGCUCCAGAUGUGCCCACACCUGUCACGAAAGCAUUUGACAACAACAGAGAAAAAGCAACAACAGGCACAGAAAUCAAGAAAAUGCAGUCAAAGAAAGAAAAGAUGAAGGAGAGGAGGGAGCGGUGGCUCAGCAAGAUCAGCUCCAUCAAGCAGGCGAAAGAGCUCCAAGCAGCUGAGGUCCGGAGACAGGCCACUCCUGUAGUGGGAGACAUGAGGCCGCUGGCUGACGCCCUGCCGGAGCUCUCUCAGCUCGUCUCCCCAGCUUCCACAGCCCCCGUUGCUUGCCGCAAAAGCAGGAAAAUCAAAGUCCCGGUGAAGAGACCAGCGCCCACAGAUUUCAGUCAGAUGAAACGCUCACAGAAACGCAAACUGCUGGAAACUGAGAUCAGCAGGUUCAGCAAAGCAGUGAGGACACUCUCAGGUAAAACCAACCCUCUGGCUGAUAUCGGUGAGCUGCUGAGAAAGAGGAUGAGACAGGAGGAAGAGCAAAGCUGCCUUUAGCAAGAUCCCAAAGCUGGACUGUGGGAGGCUGAAGAGUAUUCACACAUAAACAUUUAUAACUGUCAGCGAACAGCAACAACCCUGAUACCUGUGAGUGGAAAUGAUACAGCAGGGUUUCUCUGAAAUAAUAAAUCACAAUGUUUAGACCCAA